AUGCCUCCUGAGCCUAUUGCAAUCAUCGGCAGUGGCUGCCGAUUUCCCGGACAGGCCGAUUCGCCUGCCAAGCUCUGGGAAUUGCUAUCCAAGCCCCGGGACGUCCUGCGCGAGAUCCCAGCGGAUCGCUACAACGCAGCAGGCUUCUAUCACCCCGACGGCCUGCAUCAUGGCUCCAGCAAUGUGCAACAUGCAUACACGUUGACGGAAGAUGUACGGACGUUCGACGCCAGCUUCUUCCAGAUUAGCGCCAAUGAGGCGGCGGCGAUCGAUCCCCAACAGAGGCUCUUACUCGAGGUGGUCUACGAGGCACUAGAAUCCGGCGGCCUGCCCGUCGAGAGCCUCCGGGGCUCGAAUACCGCUAUCAUUGUGGGCCAGAUGUGCGCGGACUACACCGACAUUCUUACGCGCGAUAUGGAUACGAUUCCGACGUACUUUGCCACGGGAACCUCGCGUGCGAUCAUGGCAAACCGAGUCUCGUAUGCCUUUGACUGGCACGGUCCUUCCUGGACAGUCGACACCGCCUGCUCAUCCAGCCUGGUCGCUGUGCAUCAGGCCAUUCAAGCUCUGCGGACAGGCGAGUCCGGGGUUGCCGUCGCGGCGGGCUCGAAUCUUCUCCUCGGCCCGGAGCCGUACAUUGCGGAGAGUAAGUUGAAGAUGCUGUCACCCGAAGGCCGUUCUCGGAUGUGGGACGACCGUGCCAACGGUUAUGCCCGUGGUGAUGGCGUCGCUGCGAUCGUGAUGAAGAAGCUCUCAACAGCGCUGGUAGAUGGUGACCGGAUUGAAUGUGUAAUCAGGGCCACCGGCGUCAACCAGGAUGGACGCACGAAGGGUAUCACCAUGCCCAGCAGCGAGGCCCAGGCUGAAUUGAUCCGCAGCACGUACAAAGCCGGGGGCUUGGAUCUCGUCGAAGACCGGCCGCAAUUUUUCGAAGCCCAUGGCACGGGCACCAAGGCAGGGGAUCCGCAGGAGGCGCAGGCUAUCUUCAAUGCCUUCUUCGGGCCGGAAGCAGCCGGGGACGAAAAUGUCAGUCUAAAAGUUGGCUCCAUAAAGACAAUCAUCGGCCACACAGAGGCCUCCCUGGCACUUCAACAUGCUCAGAUCCCGCCAAAUAUGCAUUUUCGCACCCUGAAUCCCGAGAUUGAGCCGUAUUGGGCGCGGCUGCGGAUUCCGACUGAGCUACAACAAUGGCCAGCGCAUUCCGGCUCAACUCGCCGUGCUAGUGUGAACAGCUUUGGGUUUGGUGGAACUAACGCCCACGCUGUCCUGGAGAGCUAUUCGGCAACCCAGAAGGAACGCACCAACCGCAGUGAAUCCAUCAUCAUGCCAUUCGUCUUCUCUGCCCAAUCCGAAUCAGCUCUAGCAAACAUGAUGGAAAGGGUUGCGACUCACAUUCGGCAGCAUCCCAACACCAACCUCGCGGAUCUCGCGUGGACAUUGUAUCUGCGUCGGAGUUUGUGGCCAAUCCGAGCUUCCUGUUCCGGAACAAAUGCCAUGGACCUGGUCAACAGCAUCGUUGGCAGCGCGGAUAGAAUCCGGACGAGCAACCAGUCUCCAGUCAUGAAACCUGCGACUAUCGGUCAGGCACAGCCACGAGUGCUGGGCAUCUUCACUGGGCAAGGAGCGCAGUGGCCCACGAUGGGACGGGAACUGAUCACAAGCUCCCCCUGGCUGGAACGUCGCGUGGACGAGCUCGAACUAGCCCUAUCUCGUCUCCCGGAGUCGGAUCGUCCGACGUGGUCCCUGAAGGAGGAGAUGCUCUCUGCGGCCGCCAAGGUUGGCGAAGCACGCCUCUCGCAGCCGCUAUGUACAGCGGUCCAGAUCUUGCUGGUGGACUGCCUCAAAGCAGCUGGGAUGGAGUUUUCCGCCGUGGUCGGGCACUCCUCGGGCGAGAUUGGCGCCGCAUAUGCCGCCGGAUGCAUCUCGGGCGAGGCGGCCAUGUGGAUCGCGUACUAUCGCGGCGUCCACACCGCGCAGGCAGGCGGCCAACGGGGGGAGCCGGGCGGGAUGCUUGCGGCUGGAACGUCGAUGGAAGAUGCCCAAGAGCUCUGCAGUCUGCCUACCUUCGCGGGCAGACUGACCGUCGCUGCUAGCAACUCAGCGGCGAGUGUGACCUUGUCCGGCGAUAAGGAUGCAAUCAACCACGCGCACCUGGUCUUCCAGGAUGAGAAGAAGUUUGCACGCCCUUUGAUUGUUGACAAGGCAUAUCAUUCACAUCACAUGCGGCCUUGCUCCGGCCCAUAUGGGAGCUCCUUGGAGGCAUUAUGCAUCCAAUUCCAACAGCCUCGCUGCUCGUGGUACUCAAGUGUGUAUGGCGGCAAUCGUAUCAGCGGUGCUGAGGGACUGGACGGGCCAUAUUGGGUCGAGAACAUGUGUCGUACGGUGCUGUUCUCCCAGGCACUCACCAACGCCAUCCAGCAGUGCGAUGAUUCUUAUCACCUGGUUCUCGAGGUGGGCCCGCACCCAGCGCUGAAGGGACCAGCAACCGCGACUAUCCAGGACACCCUCAAACGCGAGCUCCCCUACACAGGGCUACUCCAGCGAAAUUCCCAUGAUACCAAAGCCUUUGCCGAUGCUAUGGGGUUCAUCUGGGGACUGCUUGGACGCGACACCUUGGAUCUUCCCGCGCUACAAGCCGCCUUUUCGGAUACAGAUGGCAGAUAUCAGCUCGUCCCGAACCUACCGUCCUACCCCUGGGAUCAUAGUCGUCCCUUCUGGCAUAAAUCGCGUGUCAUACACCACGACCUGUUCCGUGAGACCUUCCCACAUCCCCUCCUUGGCAACCGUCAGACAAGCAACCCGGAUCAUGUCCAGUGGCGGAAUAUCCUUUCCCUCGGGGAGAUUCCGUGGCUCAGGGGUCAUUCUUUACAGGGCCAGACCAUUUUCCCUGCUUCAGGGUACAUUUCGAUGGCAGUGGAAGCAAGUAAAGCGGUGGUCGGCCCUGAGGACAAGAUAUCCCUGGUAGAGAUUCUUGACCUGGUCAUCGAUCGGCCAAUCACAUUUGAUGAGGAAGAUGCUGGAGCAGAGGUGGUCGUGACACUGGCGAACAUCGCGCGUGGGUCGCAAGAAGGCCCCGAUAGACUCUUGACUGCCACCUUCAACUGCCACACCACGGCUGGCCGGGAAUCCAGAUCGCUCAUCAUGGCAGCGCACGGCCGUGUCUGUCUCACACUGGACAAUCCUCGCCAAGACACCCUUCCUUCGGCACGCCAGGUGUUCGAGGAUGUUAUCCAGGUGGAGGGGGAAAGGUUCUACGACGGACUCAAAGAGCUCGGCUAUGACUACACCGGGCCCUUCAGAGCACUAGACCACCUGGCACGAUAUCUCAAUCUCAGCACCGGAGUUGUCCAUGAGCCUACGUCCGACACCGAAGUUCUUCCCGGCGUACUCGUUCACCCGGCUAUGCUGGACGCCUCCUUCCAGUCAGUGUUUCUGGCCUACAGUUGGCCGGGAGAUGGCCGUCUCGCAUCGCUGCACGUCCCGACAAGCAUCAAACGCGUGCAGAUAAAUCCGGACUUGUGUGCGACUCCGGACAGGAGAUUUUAUUUUCAUACCGAAUCCGGGGAAGGAGUGAAGGCAUCGAUAAGUGGAGAUAUCACGUUGUCGCGCACAGUUGGUGAGCCCGCCGCAAUUCGAGUCGAGCAGAUUACCGUCAUUCCAGUUGUGCCACCGACGGCUGCCGACGACAGGGCGCUUUUCGCCAGUGAAAUCUGGGAGAAUGCCAAUCUUGCCGACCCCGCCCUGCUUGCGUCUUCACCCUCGGUAGCGGAGGAACGGAGGGGAAAAGGCAUCAUUAUGUUGGCGACCAGGCAUCUAGUAGACACGGAUAGCUUCGAUAACCCCGCUGACCGCUAUGCUGCUGGCAUCGCUCGAGUCAAGAGCCGUCUGCUUGCACUCACCGAGACACUCGAGAUGGGCCCUAGUCCGAGCGAGGGAAUAGACUCCGCUGCUGCUGGACAGCGCGAUGGGUCCCACCACCACGAGAACAUUGAUCUAAGUAUCUUGGCUGACACGGUAAACUUCCUGUCACAGGGCGAUCAAGGCCAAACUUCGAGCCAUGUGCAGACGCUUUGGGAAAGUGGAUUGCUCUCCGAAUACUUUCAGCGAGGUCUGGGGGUGGCCGGCACUAAUAAUCAGCUGGUCCAGCUGCUUCGCCGUCUGUCACAUCGGUAUCCAGCAAUGAAUAUUGUUGAGUUCAAUUACGACCUGGAUGUCGAAGAGCAGGGCUUCGCAGCCAAUCAGACUGACCUGAUUAUCGCCACCUUGGUAAUGAGUGAUAUCUCGGUUGACAAAAUGCUCAACGCCGCUAGACGCCUGCUCCGCCCCGGAGGUUAUCUCUUUUUGCAGGCGGUUGGAGAGGUGGCCCGGUUUGACCUUUACAGUGACAUAGCCGAGACCAUGCCCCUGACUGUUCCAGAAUGGCAUCGUCAGCUUCGACAACACGGGUUCGCCGGCAUAGACGCGCUGUCCCCAUUCUCGGCAGGUCAGCCACUGAGUAUCAUUGUCAGUCAGGCAACGAACGAGCGGGUCGGACUCCUGCGCCAACCACUACUCAGCACUCCAUCCGACCUGGGCCUCCCAGAAGUCGUCUUGCUGGGGGGGGUCAGUAUGUCCACACUCAAACUCGUCGAGGACCUUUCGGUCCAUCUAUCCUCCAAGUGUCCCCGAAUCACGAGACGCGACUCUUUGGCUGACUUGAUCGACAACCCGGUCAAUGCCCUCAGCACCAUCAUUUGUCUCGUUGAUUUAGACAGUCCGGUCUUCAAGAACCUUCAAGAUGGUACUUGGAGCGCACUGAAGACGCUGUUUGACCAGUCGCAGAAUAUUCUCUGGCUGCUGCGCGGGGCGCGCAGCAGCGAGCCAUACUGCAAUGCCACGGUCGGCUUUGGGCGGACGGCGGCGCUCGAGAUGCCGCAUAACAUCGAGGCCGCCGACGCGCGAGUCAUCGCAGAGCAUGCUUUGCGGCUCUGUCUCCUCGGGAAGGGAGUGCCAGAUGCUGCCAGGGCUUCGUCAGUGCUCUGGUCGAACGAGCCCGAGCUGUUGAUUGAAGAGGGCAAGACAUAUAUUCCUCGGGUUGUUCCGCACAAGGCGCAAAACGAUCGGUACAAUGCGUCAAGAAGGCCCGUCGUGCGGUCCGUUAAUCCUUCGGAGACGGCAUUAUGCUUGCAGAGAGAUGUGUCGGGAGAGACUACGAUUCACCUGGACCACCACGCACCUAAGUUGUCGCCAGAAGACAAGAGGUUGCUGGUCGACGUGAUUUAUUCCGCCGCACAACCGCUCACUCUCGGAUCCGGCGAGAAUCGAUACCUUGUCUUCGGCCGUUGCAAUGCAUCGAACAGGACACUCUUCGCAUUGGUUCCGAGAUUAGCCAGCCGGGUUGUCGUGGAGGAAGAGCUCUGCAUUCUUCAUGGAGAAAAGAACCGAGAGGCGACCCCCGCUGAUCUCAUACUGACUAGGUAUUUGGCAAUGAACCUGAUCAUACAAGGUCGCUUGGGCGACAGUGUUGCGAAAAACAGCGUCGUCGUUGCUUUCGCGGCCGAUUCCAUUUCCCGAACCAUUCUCUCCAGGUGGGCGCAGGUUCGGGGAGACAAGAUAAGCUGGGCCACAAACACCGAGUCCGCUGAUUUAUGUGACAUCGUUGUUCAUUGCAGAGCUAAUGAUCGCGAGUUGAGGGCAUCAUUCCCAGUCCGACCGGCAGUUGUUCUCGACUUUUCGAUCUCGCCACAGCGUGACUCCCCAGCCCGUCGUCUCUCGAGCAUGUAUGAUUGCCGGCUUGUUGAGAUGCAGCGCACACGAGGCGCAGGAGCCUGUAAACUUCCCCACAAAAGCGGUGUGAACGCACUCCAGCGAGCGUACGAGCAGAUCCACAUCGACUGGACUGGCGAUGCUACUCCUUCCUCCGAAAAUCUGGUCAACAUAGCGGAGCUGCCGCAAACCCUCGCUUCCCCUUAUGCUCUGAUCGAUUGGCGGGCACAAUCAGUCGUAGCGCAGCUGGACCCUGCUGACGCACAACCUUUGUUCCAUGCCGAUCGGGCGUAUUUGCUUGUAGGUCUAACCGGUGGUCUGGGUUUGUCGCUUUGUGAGUGGAUGGUCCGGCGGGGAGCUCGACACCUAGUCGUCACCAGUCGGAAUCCAAAAGUGGAUGAGCGGUGGAUACGAUCCCUUCGUCGCGAGGGAGCAGUGGUCACUGUCGUUGCCAGUGACAUCGCGCAACGUCAAUCGAUAGAGUCCCUGUACGAGGACCUCAGGAAAACAGCACCACCCAUCGCCGGCGUAGUCAACGGAGCUAUGGUACUUCGGGACUCCUCGAUCUAUGACAUGGACGCCGAGAAGAUGCGGACAGUGCUGCGGCCCAAGAUUGACGGUAGCCGGUACCUCGAUUCAAUCUUCGAUGGGCGCCACCCUCUGGACUUCUUUGUCAUGCUUUCGUCAUUGACGGGCGCUUGUGGCAACAGCGGGCAGGCGAACUACACCGCAGCCAACAUGUUCAUGGCCGGGCUUGCGGCGCAACGCAAAGAGCGGGGCCUGGCGGGCUCAGUGAUCGAUAUCGGGGCCAUGAUGGGCGUGGGCGUGCUGGUGCGCGACCGUAGCUACGCCCUCCAGGUGCAGUUGCGUGACUACGGCUACCUCUGGAUGUCGGAGCACGACUUCCACCAGAGCUUUGCCGAGGCCAUUUUGUCCGGCAGACCAGACAACACGCUGGAGAACCCGCAGGUGCUGGCGGGCAUCCGUCUUUGCCGCAGCGAUCAGUUGGGGACCGUGCAGUGGGCGCGGAAUCCUCGCUUCUGCCACUGUAUUCUGCCAAGUGAUUCAGUCUCGUCGUCCGCCCAGGGACAAGUGCAGUCAGCGAUUCCCCUUGCCACGCGUGUAGCGGAGGCGGCUGACGCGGCGGAUAUUCGCCAGAUGGUGGAGGAUGCCUUUCUGCGCAGACUGGUAAUGGCGCUGUCUUUGCCCGAACUCGAGGAUACUUCGGCUCGCACGCGACUGCUCAGUCAGGACGUGGAUGAGCUGGGAGUUGACUCGCUUGUGGCGGUAGACAUUCGGUCGUGGUGGCUGCGUGAGCUGCGCGUGGAUAUGCCUGUCUUGAAGAUUAUGGGAGGCACUGCAAUCGCCGACUUAAUUGCAUACGCAGUCAAGCAGCUCCAGCCUGCAGCUGUGGAAGGGAGUGUUCAUGAACCGUCUAUGGACUUAGCAGAGCAAAGUGUUAAGCCCUCGAAGCAGGAUGAGGAGAUUUCCGGCCAGACUGAAGGAGAGGCUGCAUCCAUACACUCCCCAACGAGCUCCGAGUCCGAGGAGGAUGUGACAUCGACUCCUCUGGACAGCUCCAGACCGUCCACAACCACCAGUGAGCCGGAUAUCACCAAGCCUGAGCCUCCAUCUGUUCUACAUCGUGUGCCAAUGUCUUAUGGACAACGCCGAUUCUGGUUCUUGUCUAGCUAUCUUGAAGACAGGACAACUUUCAACAUAACCUGCUUGAUCCGACUCGAGGGAGCGCCAGCAACGGACGCCCUGGCGCGAGCUGUCCAUGCAGUUGGCACGAGACACAGCGCCUUGCGAACUUGCUUCUUUGGGGGAGAAAACGGCGAAACUUGGCAAGGAAUUCUGCCCGAAUCCACCUUGGUAUUGGAACAGGGCUCUGUAUGCAACUACGAUGAAGCUGUUGAGCAGUUCCAUCUCAUGCACGCGCACGAAUACAACCUCACCUUAGGCGAAAGUAUGCGUAUCAUGUUCUUGUCUGGGCGGGCUCAGUCCCACUACCUCCUUGUCGGAUACCACCACAUCAACAUGGACGGCAUUAGUCUGCAGGUGAUCUUGAAAGAUCUCGAGGCAGUCUACAGCGGAAAGGGCUUAGAGCCCGAACCUCUGCAGUAUCACCAAUUCUCUUCUUGGCAGCACGAGCAGGUAAAGAGCAAUGAGGUCCAAUCUGACAUUCAGUACUGGAGGAACGAGCUGCAGGAAAUGCCACCAGUUCUCCCUGUUUUAUCGGUCUCCACACGCUCGACGCGCCAGCAGAUGCUCCACCACGACGUCGUCAUCGGGGUGGCCGACGGGAACAGAAAUCAUCUCAGCGGCGCUGCUGACAGUGUAGGCUUCUUUUUGAACCUUUUACCAGUCCGUUUACGUGCAGAUGGCCGGUCUCUAUUCGCUGAGGCCCUAGAAGAGGCACGUAUUCAAGCGCGUGCGGCACUUGCGCAUUCCAGAGUCCCCAUCGACGUGCUAUACAACGAGCUGCAGAUCACGCGAUCGUCAUCAUACACUCCUGUAUUCCAGGCGUUCGUGAACUACCGCCAAGGGGCGCAAGAGAGUCUUCCAUUCGGUGAUUGCCGGCUGGAGGCUGAUAAGUAUGAGAUCGGGAAAACAGGGUACGACAUCAGCUUGGAUGUGAUCGAGAACGCGCAGUCCGACGCCACAAUCAUGUUUGUGACCCAGAGCUAUCUAUAUUCGGCGGAGCAAACCGAGGUCCUCGCAGCCAGCUUUCGGCAGCUGCUCAGUGAAUUCAGCCACAAUCCGGAUAUCCGGCUAGAUGAAGUGCAGCCGUACCCAGUUGCGGAUCUUGAUAAAGCCAUCGCCUUGUCACAGGGUCCGAAAUAUGCGAUAAAGUGGGAAGGCACCCUGGUAGACCGCGUCGACGAAAUGAUUGCCCGGUCUCCCGCACGGCCCGCAAUCGAGGAUGCGUCAUUGUCUCUGACAUACGCGGAGAUGUCAGUCCGUGUGCACACCAUCGCUGCGCUUCUCUUGAGGAACGGUGUCUCUUCAGGCUGGAAAGUCGCCGUGUUUCAACACCCAACCACUGACUGGGUCUGCUUCUAUGUUCCGUUUGACCCUAAACUUUCGUUGCCUCGACUCCAGCAAGUUGCCCAAAGCUGCAAGCCAGAAGCGGUGUUAUUUCACUCAGCUACUGCAAAGGACGUCUCUGAGCUGCUCAUAGGACAGCCUGACGUGAUAAGCAUCGACAUUGCAGGGGCAGGCAUCAUGAAUUCGACCACGGUCGCGAAUCGAUCAAGGCCAGAUUCCGCCAUGUUCAUCCUAUACACGAGUGGCUCCACUGGCCAGCCGAAGGGAGUCAUCCUCCCCCAUUCGGCAUUCGCUCACAAGAUCGAAACGUCAAGCGAACUGUUCACGCUUAGCUCAGAAAUGGCCAUGCUUCAGCAAAGUGCGCUAACGUUCGACAUGUCCGUUGCGCAAGCCUUCAUGACCAUAUGCAACGGAGGUCGCCUGUUUGUCCUCCCAAGAGAAUACCGUGGUGACCCAGCUUCGAUUGUCAAUCGGAUUCUGGAGCACGAAUUGACUCAUACUAUGGCAACUCCCUCGGAGUACGAAAGCUGGCUCCAACUCGCAAACUCCCUGCCGGAGCAAGGGUCAGCCCUUGCCAAGUCCGCAUGGCAGGUUCUCUUUUCGGGCGGUGAAAAGAUCAGCGACAGCCUCAAGCAUGAGCUCCGGACGCUGAACAAGCCGGACCUGCAGUUACAGAAUGUUUACGGCCCAACGGAAGUGAGUAUAUUUUCGCACUCGUUCGAGGUCGACUACCUCUCACCAUCUAACAAACCCAUACCUUUGGGCCCUGUGAAUGUGAACUACUCGGCUUUUGUGGUGGGCCGAGAUCUGAAGCCGGUGCCCGUGGGGGUGCCGGGCGAAAUUCUCAUUACCGGCCCUGGGAUUGCGCUCGGCUACCUGAACAACGAGGAUUUGACACGUGAAAAAUUUGUCCACUUUACGCUGCCGCAGUCCGGCUCAUUCAGCGGCAGGGACCGGACUGUGCGAGGUUAUCGCACCGGUGACCGCGGCAGGUUGCGACCGGAUGGGAUCUUAGAUUUCGAAGGCCGGAUUGGUGGUGACACGGAAAUCAAGCUGCGGGGUCUGCGCAUGGACCUAAACGACAUCGAAUGCGCACUGCUUGAGGCGGCAAAAGGAUGGCUAACGACAGUCGUCGUCACGGCCCAAGGGGACACUGACUCUCAGUACCUGUUAGCACAUGUGGUGUUCCAUCGUAAACAGCAACAGCAGUUGAGUGCGGACGAGCAAAAAGCAUUCGUGGAUGCUCUCACGCCACGCUUGCCCCUGCCCCAGUAUAUGUGGCCCGCAGCAGUUGUUAUUGCCGACUCCUUGCCUGUCAACUCCCAUGGCAAGGUAGACCGUCGCGCGAUCGAGGCCCUACCUUAUCAUGUCACUGCUCCCAUCCGAACCGCCGAUCCUGACUCCGGCGUUAAUGAAGCAGAGGCACACCUCCGAGUGCUGUGGGAGGAGGUCUUACCUCGGGCAGUAGCCCAGCUGCAUCACAUCGGCCCCAAGUCGGACUUCUUUCACGUUGGGGGGAACUCAAUGCUUCUUGUGAAACUGCAGCAAUCAAUCACUCGGGUCUUUGGUAGGAAACUCGCGCUCGUUGAGCUAUUCGAGCGGACAACUUUAGCCCAGAUGGCCGCGUAUAUCACCAAGCCCAAUGCCACCGAGAAGCCGUGGGACGAGAUCGACUGGGCACAAGAAACAGCCCUCGACGCCAACGUCACCGCAGCCCAGCCACCGCGGCCCCACCCACGCUCGCAGCACCACGGCCGGAAAACCAUCAUCCUCACCGGCGCCACGGGGUUCCUGGGCCAAGUCCUCCUUGAACAACUCCUCGUCGACCCCAGCAUCGAAAUGAUCCACUGCAUCGCCGUCCGCGACCCCUCUCGCUUGUCCGGCCGGAUUCCCUCCAACUCCACGUCCCGGGUGGCCAUCCACUCUGGCGACCUCGCUCUCCCUGCAUGUGGGCUCGAUUCCGCAACCAGCGACCGCAUCUUCGCAUCGGCCGACACCAUCAUCCACAACGGGGCCGACGUUCACUUCCUGAAAGCCUACCCGGUUAUGCGCGCCGUCAACGUCGCCUCCACCAAAUGGCUCGCGUACCAGGCCCGCACGCACGGCCUGGCCCUGCACUUCGUCUCGACCGCCAGCGUGAUCCAAUUCGCGCCCCGGGCCAGCAUCCGCGGCGGCACGGGCGGAUUUCCAGCGACCUCCGUCGCAGCCUUCCCCCCACCGACCAUCCGCGGGGGCUACGCAGCCAGCAAAUGGGUGAGCGAAGUGUAUCUCGAACAGGCCAGCCGGCAAUGGGGCGUGCCCGUGCACAUUCACCGGCCGACGGCAAUCACGGGGCCCGACGCCCCUGCGCAGGAUAUCUUCCACAACGUGGUGCGGUUCUCGCGGGCGCUCCGAGCCGUUCCGACAGGUAUCAUUAAUACACUUGCGAAUUUUCCUGACCAGCAACCGCGACGGGGCCAAUCGAGCGGCCCGGCCCCCGGUGGAACCCAUCGUUCCGUCGGGAACGGCAGGUCCGCGCCCACUGCGGGCCUCCUGCUGUGCCAGAGCCUCCAAAACCGACAUAUACGUCCCCGGAGCGGAGAGAACAUGGCCCGCACCUGUCAACAGAAUCUCCACCCCGCGAUCGAUGCGUUCGAGCAAAUCGCAGCUCAGCUGCAAGACGGUGGUGAUCUGCAAUACUCCAUCCAACUUCAACGUCGACCCAUUCAAGUGCACAUCGGAGAAAGGCACGGGGCCCGGGAAAUUGUCCAGGACCGCGAGUGGACCGGUCAGAUUGCCGGCGGGGGUGUAUCGCGCCACCAAGGAUCGGACCGAGGUAUACAGAUCAGUGAGCACGCUGCGGUGCAGGCGGAGAAGCAGUACGUGGCAGGUUGCGAUGAUUAG